GCAAGGCAACCCUACUCUCUCCCACUCUGCACUCAGCUAGCUCAUCACUAACCACCAGCUUGCCCUUUAUGGCUAGAUGACUGUGCCAUUUCAAGAACAUACCGGCCACUCCUGCCAUAAUUGAUCACUUGUUUUUUCCAAGAAGCAUAUAGAACAGUCACACGUUUGGAUUGGGUUGGGGGGUUUGGGAUUAAAUUCGAUCCGCUGCUGGAAUCAAUGGCUUCUUCGAUGAUGACGAUUAGUAGCGUGUGUUUUGUUGUCGUGUCGUUCUUUCAAGGGUUGGUGGGCGGCGUGACGUUCACGUUCACGAACCGGUGCGGCGGCACGGUGUGGCCGGGGGUGCUGUCGAACUCGGGGAGCUCGGCGCUGGAGACGACGGGGUUCGCGCUGGGCGCCGGCGAGAGGCGGUCGCUGGCGGCGCCGGCGGGGUGGUCGGGGAGGUUCUGGGCGCGGACGGGGUGCGCGUUCGACGGGGAGUCCGGGAAGGGCGCGUGCGCGACGGGGGACUGCGGGUCGGGGGAGGUGGAGUGUCGCGGCGCCGGGGCGGCGCCGCCGGCGACUCUGGUGGAGUUCACGCUGGACGGCAGCGGCGGGAAGGACUACUACGACGUGAGCCUGGUGGACGGGUACAACCUGCCGGUGGUGGUGGAGGCGGCGUCGGCGGCGGGGUGCCCGGCGACCGGGUGCGUGGUGGACCUGAACGAGCGGUGCCCCGCGGAGCUGAAGGCCGGGCAGGGGCAGGCUUGCCGGAGCGCGUGCGAGGCGUUCGGCACGCCGGAGUACUGCUGCAGCGGGCAGUACGGCAACCCGGACACGUGCCACCCGUCGGUGUACUCGCAGGUGUUCAAGGCGGCGUGCCCGCGAUCCUACAGCUACGCCUACGACGACGCCACCUCCACCUUCACCUGCGCCGCCACCGACUACUCCAUCACCUUCUGCCCUCGCCUCGCCAACCCCAACAGCCAGAAAUCGAGCAACGAUCCGUCACCGAGGCCGAAGGACGCGAACCUCGAGGACGACUCAUGGCUGGCGAGCCUGGCCACCGGCGAGGUCGACGGCGCGGCGGCGGCGCCGUCGACGUCGUCGUUGCUCCAGGCCACAUUAGCAGUCGCAGUAAUGGCUUUGCUUGCACUACACUAGCUAAGCAUAAGAUGAUUAAAUUAAAUUGGAUAGGAGUGAGUCCUGAUGUGGCAAGAGGAUGGAGAUUCUUGAUCAGUAGGAGUGGCUCCAGUUGCUUUCAGAUUCAAAAAAAAAAACAAAACAAGAUUGAGCAGUAGGAUGAGGACGUGAAGCGAUCGAUAUUCUUUAGCCUUUUGCUUGUGGAUAGAGGGAUUGACAAGGUCGCAACUAUAGUUUGUAGCUUACUGCUAUUGUGACUGUGCCACCCUGUCAGUCAACCGACCUCUCUGCAAUAGUUUUCUGCCUUUCAGAAAACAAUGUUACUCUAGCUCCUUUUUGUGUAUACAUUCUUGUUACAUGCUGUAUUCCAAGUAAAGAAAGUAUAGUAAAAUUUCAUCACCUGUUA